CUAUUAUUGAGGGGCCAGCUGGGUUCUAUCCUUCCCUCUUGGCCUCCCCAGCAUGUGGGCUGGUUGGCUUGCUUGUUGCCCAGGGAGCCUGGUGGCCCCUCCUACUGCCUGAAAUGCUUACUGAGGUCACCCUGGGACUGGGCGGGGGAAGCAGGGGCAGGGUGAUGGAAGGUCUGGGGUAGAAGAAGCAGCUGCUGAAGCCCCACCCUAGUCUUGCCCUGCCCCACAACCCCUGCAAGAACUGGCUGCCCAGAGACAGAAGGAGACCUGUUUCCUUUAAAAGUGAUGUCUCCCUACUACCAAGUUGCCUUGAACCCCUCGCAGUCUGGAUUGCAUGGUUCAGAGUUCUUUUGAAGCCCAGGAUUUGAUGCUACCCCGGAGAUAGCAUCCAGUCUCCCAGUCUCAGAUCCCCAGGGAGGCAGACACGUGACUUCAGCCUAAGAUUAAUCCUUCCUUGACCACAGCCAGAAAGGCUUCCUCAAUGGCUCCUAAGCGCAAGGUAGCUUCUGUAAGCACUGGAACACCCAAGAAGGAGAAACGAGAGGCAGAGGAUGACUUCCGCUCAGCCCUUGAGGCCCUUAAAGCUGCCCCCAAGGAGACACGAAAGGCUCGGGUGGAUUCCGUGUGCCAACUCAGCAGCAACCCUGCUGUCCAGGUACACGAGGACUACGACUGUACGCUGAACCAGACCAACAUAGGAAACAACAACAACAAAUUCUACCUCAUCCAGCUGGUGGAUGACAACGGGCGCUACGCCUGCUGGAACCGCUGGGGUAGAGUGGGAGAGACCGGCCAGUUCAAGCUAAGCUUUUUCCCCUCCUUGGAUGAAGCCAAGCGAGGCUUUGAGAAGAAGUUCCAGGAAAAAACCAAGAACCGCUGGGCUGACAGAGACAACUUUGUGGCCCAUCCGGGCAAGUACACGCUCAUCGAAGUGCAGGCCGAUGAUGGUGAGGUGGGCCAGGAGGGCGUGGUCAAGGUGGACAGUGUGGAUGGGGUCCAGGCUGGUCAGUGGAAUGUCAAGCCCUGUACCCUAGAUCCCCCCACCCAGGAACUGGUGUCCCUCAUCUUCAGCCAUGAUAUGUUCAAUGAUGCAAUGAAGACCAUGAACCUUGAUGUUAAGAAGAUGCCCUUGGGGAAGCUGAGCAAGCAGCAGAUUGCCAAGGGCUUCGAGGCCUUGGAGGCCCUAGAGGCUGUCCUCCAGAAGAGCUCAGAGGCAAAAGAGCUUGAGGAGCUGUCCUCCCGCUUCUACACAAUCAUCCCCCAUAACUUUGGCAGGACCCGCCCCCCACCCAUCAACUCUCUGGAGGUCCUUCAGGCCAAGAAGGACAUGCUAUUGGUCCUGGCUGACAUUGAGCUGGCCCAGGCCCUGAAGGCUGGACAGGAGGAGAAAGAAAAGAAGAUAAAGGUAGAGGAAGUGCCUCACCCACUGGACCGUGAUUACGAGCUCCUGAAAUGCAAGUUGCAGACACUGGCAGCCAACACUCAUGAGUACAAGCUGAUUGAAACCUACCUGAAGAAGACAGGAUGGCCUCAUCUCCACAUUCUCCAUGUCUGGAAAAUUAAUCGAGAGGGGGAGGGAGAGCGGUUCCAGGCCCAUGACAAGCUAGAGAACCGACGGUUGCUGUGGCACGGAACUAACGUGGCAGUGGUGGCUGCUAUCCUCAAGAGUGGCCUCCGGAUCAUGCCCCACUCGGGUGGGCGUGUGGGGCAGGGUAUCUACUUUGCUUCUGAGAACAGCAAAUCAGCUUGUUACGUGGGCUGCACCUCUCAAAAAAUGGGCCUCAUGUUCCUGAGUGAGGUGGCUCUGGGCCAGGAGCACCACAUCACCCAAGAUGACUCUGGCCUUCGGCAGCCACCACCAGGGUAUCACAGCAUCGUGGCCCGGGGCCACACGGAGCCUGACCCCCGCCAGGACGUGGCGCUCGAGCUGGAAGGGCACAAGGUGAUGGUGCCCCAAGGCCCGCCUGUGCCCGUGCCUGACUUCCAGAAGUCCACGUUCUCCCAGAGCGAAUACCUGAUCUACAAGGAGAGCCAGUGCCGGCUCCGCUACCUGCUGCUGCUACACUUCUGAGCUUGCCAGGGCCCAGGCCAGAGCCCCUGGGGUGGUGGGACCCCUCCCCUGGACGAGGCUAGGCUGGCCCAGCACCUGUGCAUUGCUUGUGAAUAAAGCAGGAAGGAAUAAAGUCUCUCCGGCUGACUGCC